UUGCCUGUGCCUUCCCCUUAGCGUUUAGCAAUUUUUUUUUUGGAACAGCCGCCGGUUGUACGUUUGCAUGCCGUUCGGAGUAUGUCUGUUAAAUGGGACUGCAGUGACGUUUAUUUUUAUUUAGUAUGACGUAAAUUUAAGUGGAGUCCAUUUUUAAUCUGAUUACUGUGGCAGAAAUCUAAAAGUGCCAAUGUAUUACAAUAAUUGGCCACGCGUUGUAAGGAACAGCAGUCGUAACAAUACAGUUUUGAAAACAAAAUAUUCCUUAAUUUCAAAAUGCUCUUCUAUUGGUGAUUCGUUUCAAGCCGGAGUUAUGACAUUUUAUUCUGCUUUUGCGGGGAGUGCACCAAGCACUGUCGCCGUACACAGUAAUUCCCACGUAUCAAGAUUUUUUGGAGCUCAUGCUACUUUACUGCAAUGCAUCAAACGAGGUGUAAAGGGCUUUCCUCUGUCUUUGAAGGAACAAUCUGUUCACAUUGUUAGAGAGUGUACACAGCAGUGUGAAUGGGUCUUGGCACACAGAAUAAGAAGAUGCCAGCAGAUUUUCAGUCUUUAUAGCAAGCUGUGGGAUGAAGUAGCUUUAAAAGAACUUAUGAAGAAAAUGAGACAUCAGUUGUCAAGGAGAGGGAAAGAAUUCCUUAUGGGUGCUGCUGGAAUGUCGGUGUUUAAUUGGGAAAAGGAAAGAAUUCCUGAUGAAGAGAUUUUGGGCCAUUUAAAUGAACUUGAGACUGUGUAUGAAUUGUUUGACUACACAAUAACAUGUCCGCAGUGUCAUAAGCGCAUGGUGAUUGAUGCAGCUCUUCCCAGUAUUGAUUAUUGCAAGUGUUCAAACAAGGUGCACUGCCUGGAGAAAGGUACCUGUGGAUGGAAACCUUUUUUGGAAAGAGAAGAUUUGCUGGUCUGGAGGAAGGAAGAUGAAGUAUUUCAUGGGCUGUAUGUUUAUAAAGUGUAUGGAAAAUACAAUGAUGUUGCUGCCAGAGACUUCUUGAAAGUGCAGAUUGACACAGAAUUCCGCAAGACAUGGGACAACACUGCAAUUAAUCUGAAAGUUGUGGAACAGGACAGUAAAAGCAACAGCGACAUUGUGUAUUGGGAGAUGAAAUGGCCGCGAAUGUUCUCUAAUAGAGACUAUGUGUUUAACCGCCGUUAUUUGAUUGACCGAGAGACGAACAUUAUCGUGGUCAUUAACAAAGGCACAGAACAUCCCACUGUUCCAGAGGAACCUCAGAAGCAUCGAGUUAAGGACUACUGGUCUUUCAUGGUAAUCAGAGCAUUCAACAGUAUUGAUGAGCCUGGUAUGGAAUUUAGUCUGACAUACUUCGAUAACCCGGGCGUUUCACUGCCUUCCUCAAUAACAGCAUGGGUGGCAAUGACUGGUCUCCCAGACUUUCAGUCUCGUUUGAGACAGGCUGCCAGAGAUUUUAGGAAACACAGAUACCAGAACGACCUAAUUAAACGAGACACCGAUGGGUCUGGAUCAAAACUUAAUACUGAUCCAGGUUUUAAGUCACAGAGUCAGACGAAAUCAAAACCAGGAGAAAGGUGGGAUACUUCGCGAGAACUUGAUAAUAAACUGAACAAAACACCGCUCAGUAGUGAUGGUGAUCAGGCAUCUCCAGUACAAGAACAGUCCGUGAGUUCUUCUGCCUCGAGAAUGUACUUGAAACGGUUUCAUGAAUGGCAAUUAUUCAUCUGAGUUUUAGAAAAGUUUACAGUGGAUCAAAAUAACUUGAAGCACGGAUGACAGUUACGAAUACAUG